AUGCGGAGGUCAUACUCAGGUUGCGAGCAGGGUUUUGGUUUUGAAAAGAAGAGCCUCGAGCUAAGAGGUCGAGUCAAAAGACAAGGGAGAAAGAAGGAUUUGGAUGAAGUUGAGACCAGUGCAAAAGAUAUGGAGAGUAAGAGUGUAAGAAGAAAAAGAUUGAAACUCAAGGUGAAAGGUAAGCUUAGACACUUUCUUUGGAAGUCUUACAAUGGAAUACUUCCUGUCAACUUAAAGCUCAUCAGAAGAGGAAUGAUAAUCGAUCCAAUUUGUCAUGGGUGUGGAGAGGAGGAAGAUUCUAUUGAGCAUGUCAUGUUUAAUUGUGUUAGGGGUAUAAGAGUGUGGAGGCUGUCACAAGUGAAUUGGGAAGGGCUUGAAACACAUUGCAACAGUUUUAAAGCUUGGUGGUGGAAUGCGUGUAAAAUAGGUAGAAGGAUAAUUUCUGAAGAAAUACUUCAACUGACCACGAAUAUUUUGUGGUGGUUAUGGAAGUCUAGAAAUUUGUGGAAGUUCAUGCAGAAGUGGAUGCCUGAGCAGGAAGUGGUAGCAGCAACAUGA